AUAAUUUCUCAGAUUCCCCUACCGGUUUGCGAGCCUUGUUCCUAGUAAUUGUUAAAACGUCAUUUUACUCGAAUUCGUUUUUACAAUAACGUUUCGGCGCUGUUCUGGUUUAAUUUCUCUGCAAAUCGCAUUACAUUCAAGUGAUGCCAGCCACAAACGAUAGGAAAAGACUCCGAGAGUCUGAUGGAGAGGUCAAUGGGAAUUUGCCAAAGAAACAUCUUAUAGAGAGCUUUAACAGAAUGCCGCUGCAGUUGACCAAACCCGCGCCCCAGUUCAAGACCACGGCGGUCGUGAACGGUGAAUUCAAAGAUGUCUCUCUGUCGGACUACAAGGGCAAAUACGUGGUUUUGUUUUUCUACCCACUAGACUUCACUUUCGUAUGCCCAACGGAGAUCAUCGCUUUCUCUGAAGGUGCUGACGAAUUCAGGAAGAUCGGAUGCGAGGUGAUCGCAGCCUCCACCGACUCUCACUUCACACACUUGGCCUGGAUCAACACACCACGCAAACAGGGUGGUCUCGGACCCAUGAACAUCCCAAUCAUCAGCGACAAAUCGCACAAGAUCUCCCGCGACUACGGCGUCCUGAACGAGGAGAGCGGCAUCCCGUUCCGUGGUCUCUUCAUCAUCGAUGAGAAACAGAACCUGAGACAGAUCACCAUCAACGACCUGCCAGUCGGACGAUCUGUAGAAGAAACUCUCCGUCUAGUACAAGCAUUCCAAUACACCGACAAAUAUGGAGAAGUGUGCCCAGCCAACUGGAAGCCAGGCUCCAAGACCAUCAAGCCUGACACCAAGGCGGCCCAAGAGUACUUCGGAGACGCCAACUAGAAGCCUCACUCAAUUAGAUGUUGAAUCCAUGAAGAAACAUUUUGUAUUCCUAAUAAAAAAACACACAUGUAUAUUCUUAUUAAAGAAAUAAAUUAAAAAAAAA